AUGACUACUGUGAGGUCUCUCAUUGGUAUAUCAGCAAAGAAGAGGUGGCAAAUUUCACAACUAGAUGUGAAUAAUGCAUUUCUCCAUGGAGAUUUGCAUGAGGAGGUCUAUAUGCAGACCCCUCCAGGCCUUGAGGUGUCUUCCCCACAGUUAGUGUGCAAGUUGAAUAAAUCCCUUUAUGGGUUAAAGCAGGCCACAAUAUAUGUGGAUGAUGUGUUGCUCACAGGGACUGAUUCUGAAGAAAUUGAUCAACUUAAAGCUUUCUUACAUGAUAAGUUUAAAAUCAAGGAUUUGGGACAGCUACACUAUUUUUUGGGGCUGGGGAUUCUUUACAUGUCAGAUGGCAUUAUUGUCUCUCAAAGGAAGUUUGUUUUGGACUUAUUGAAGGACUAUGAAUGCCUUCAAUGUCCACCCCUGACUUCUCCUCUUGAUCCCACAAUUAAAUUGAAAGCUAAAGAUGGAGUACCACUUUCUAAUCUUACUUUCUACAGGAAGUUGAUUGGUAAGUUGAAUUUUCUUACUAACACUAGAUUAGACAUAGCUUAUGGGGUUCAACAUCUCAGUCAAUUCAUACAAGACCCUAGGGAGCCCCAUUUAAAGGCAGUCUAUCACAUGUUGAGAUACCUGAAGGGAGAUCCUACCAUGGGCCUUUAUUUCAGUAAUGAGGGUGAUCUUUUUGUGGCUGCAUAUUGUGAUUCUGAUUGGGCAGCCUGCCCAAACUCCAGAAGAUCAGUGUCUGGAUACAUUGUGUUCCUAGGAGGAAGUCCAAUUAGUUGGAAGUCCAAGAAACAAGAAACCAUUUCUCUUUCUUCAGCAGAGGCAGAAUACAAAGCCCUUAGAAAGGUUGUUGGUGAGCUUGUUUGGCUAUCCAGGCUGCUUGAAGAGCUUACUGUGUCAAUCAAUCUACCCAUACCUGUACAUUGUGAUAGCCUCUCUGCUCUACAUAUUGCUAGGAACCCUGUGUUCCAUAAAAGUACCAAGCACAUUGAAGUUGAUUGCCACUUUGUGCGCACCAAGCUCCAAGAGGGACUCAUUUCACUACAUCACAUUGGCAUUGGACAACAACUUGCUGAUGUACUCACUAAGGCACUUACUGUGAUCAAACAUUACUCUGUACUUAGCAAGUUGGGUGUGACUUCUUCACCUCCAACUUGA